GCCACAAAACUUCCCGUUUAGCUUCACUUCGGAAAUGUGAUGGCAGGCAACUGUUAAACGUGAAGGACUUUAAAUGCUCGUUUCAGAUGUGGAGCACAAUCUUGAGAGCUCGUGUGACCGGUAGGACGUGCUUCUGGUGGAGGAGUCUCUUCACGAUGCAACUCAAGAGCAGCGAGUUCCAGGUUUUGUUCACCGCUGGACUGAACGAACUGGCAGACAUUUUUAAGCAGCACCAGUAUGAGCUGAGAAUAGCUGGAGGUGCUGUACGGGACCUGUUGACUGGAAAGCAGCCUGACGAUGUGGAUUUUGCGACCACCGCUACUCCUGAGGAGAUGAAGCGCAUGUUCCAGGCUGCAGGCAUCAGGAUGAUCAACAACAAAGGAGAGAAGCAUGGGACGAUAACAGCAAGACUUCACAACGAGAAUUUUGAGGUGACUACAUUGCGGGUGGAUGUUCAGACAGAUGGCCGUCAUGCUGAAGUGGAGUUCACCACUGACUGGCAGAAAGAUGCUGAGAGAAGAGACCUUACAAUCAACUCCAUGUUUUUAGGUCUAGAUGGCACAUUAUAUGACUAUUUCAAAGGAUAUGAUGACCUCCAGAAUCGAACUGUCCGGUUUGUUGGUAGUGCAGAAGAAAGGAUCCAAGAGGACUACUUAAGAAUACUGCGUUAUUUCAGGUUCUAUGGAAAAGUGGCUCUGAAACCUGAUGAGCACCAGCCUGAGACACUGGAGGCCAUUCGGGUAAACAGCAGUGGGCUUGCGGCUAUUUCAGGGGAACGGAUUUGGGUGGAGCUGAAAAAGGUUGUGGUUGGCCACCAUGCUUCUCAACUACUGGAGAUGAUGUACAGCUUGGGGCUGGCGCAUUACAUUGGUUUACCUUCUGAUGGCAAUGUUGACGAGAUGAAGCGUGUGUGGCAGAAUGCCAAAGGUCACUCUCCCAAACCUAUGACCAUCCUAGCGGCUCUCUGCCGUCGCCCAGAGGAAGUAGAGAGGAUGGACACUCGACUGAAGGUGUCCCGGGAGGAGAAGACUCUGGCUGUGUUUCUGGUCAAGUACCGACAAGAUCUCUACAAGAAUGAUGAGGAUUUGGAUGGUCUCAAAACCUUUACUGACUUCAUUAUAGACAGUCGUGAAUUGGAUACUCGGAGCAAAGUGUGCGAGCUGCUGAAGUAUCAAGGUGAGCACAAGCUGCUGGCUGAACUGGGCACGUGGGCCGUCCCUCGCUUCCCCAUCAGUGGACAUGAUCUCAGGAGAAUGGGCAUCCUCACGGGCAAGGAGAUAGGCACCACUUUACAGAAGCUGCGUGACAUCUGGAAGAAAAGUCAUUAUCAGAUGGAUAAAGAAGAGCUUCUCAGUUACGUGACGUUGUAAUGGGCUGAUACGUGUGUCAAAGCCAAACAUGCAUGUGUGUCCGUGACCGAGAAUACCAAUUUGGACUCUCUGAAAUCAAGUCUGUGAUAGCACAGCUUGCACUUGGUAUCAAAUUGACUCAUCUGUGUGUGUGUGUAUGUGUGUGUGGCGCAUGAACAUUACCAGCCCAAUGAUGAAUGCAUUUUCAUUAUUAUGACACCAUUUUCAUUAUUAUUACAACGCUGGGCCGCUUUAUACAUCUACAUGAAAUGGGAGAAUACAUCCGUUGCAUUUAAUUUGCAUUUUUGUCUGCCAUUUGCUCAAAUUUAUGGAAUAAGAGUUCGUCACUCGUUAUUUUCAAUGUUUCAGCAUCAUUGUAAAUAUUUUUUUUCUCAGUCUGGGCAAAUGUUCCAGUACAAGCUUUAUAUUGCAUUCAACACAAGCCAGUAUUUGUUUGUAAAUAGGCUGGCAUUUAUAACUGGCAUGUUCUAUUAAUCAAGUGUUUGAAAUAUUUUCUUUGGGGUGCUUUAUGUAUUUAUCUGAGAAGUGCAUAUUUAAUUUAGAACUUGUCUGUGAGGACUACAUUGAAUGCUUUUGCAUUUCCAAGUUAGUUAAAAAACAGUUAAUUUACCAACAUAGUACUAUAGAUCCAAAAUAAAAGUGACAAUUGUGGCAGCGUA